AUGGCAUUCCCUGUGGAUCUGCUUAAUAAUUGUAGUCACGAAGAAUUAGAAAGUUCUGCAGAAGAAUACUUGACAGAGCUCAGGAGUGGAGACCCAGAGAAUCCAGAAUAUUUUACUUGCCUCAAUAAUCAGAUUCCAAUUAGCCUGUCAACUGUUGGCUUCAUCCCACUUUAUGGUGGCGAUCAGACCCACAAAAUUCUUGCCCUUUUUGCACCAGAGGACUCACUUACAGCUGUGGCUCUGUACCUUGCUGAUCAUUGGUGGGCUGUUGAUGAUAUUGUGAAAACAUCAGUUCCUUCUAGAGAAGGGCUUCAGCAGGUGAGCAGUCUAGGGGAAAGAGUGGUGCUCUAUGUUUUGAAUCGAAUUAUUUAUAGAAAACGGGAAAUGGAAAGAAAUGAAGUCCCAUUCCUUUGCCAUAGUAGUACGGAUUAUGCUAAGAUUUUGUGGAAGAAAGGUGAAGCCAUUGGAUUUUAUUCAGUUAAACCUACAGGAAGCAGGUGUGCAUCCUAUCUUACUCAAAGUUACCAGCUUCCAGUGCUUGACACAAUGUACAUAAGAAAGAACCAUCGGGGGAAAGAUUUGGGGCUAUUGAUGCUGGAAGACUUUGUUGAUUCCUUUACAGAAGACACACUUGGUCUACGGUUUCCAUUAUCAUCUUUUAUGUAUACAGCUUGUAAACAGUAUUUUGAGAAGUACCCAGGAGAUCAUGAUCUUCUUUGGGAAAUUGAAGGAACUGGACACUGGCAUCAGAGAAUACCCAUCACCAGUGCUUUACAAAGAGAAACAUUCAGACAUGCAGAGGUUCCUCAAAGUGAAGUGAGAAAACUUACAUAUGAAGACUGUGACUCUAUAUCUGCUUCAGAAAAUGAAACAGGAUGUGGAGAAAACAAACCCAGUGAAAUGCAGGUUGAUCCUGUAAGAGGAAGAGGUGUAUUAGAUACCUAUGCAAGUACAUCUGAAGGUUUGGAUAAAACACCUGUUAACAUUCAAAUAAGAAGCUCUCUUUUGAAACGGCCAAAGAUUGGAAAGAGGUUUCAUGAUUCAGAUAUUAACCCUCUGCAAGAUGUGGAUGAAAAUACUCCCCAGGCUUCAUCUGUGGCUUCAACAAACAGUGCCUGGACUGAGGAUGUCAUUGAUUCCAAAGAAGGGAAGGACAAAAGUUCACAUGAUGAAAAAGAGAGCCCUGAAGAAAAAUCCAUUCCAGCUCCACGAAAGAAACCUUCUUUGGAAGAUUCUGAUAGUGUUGCCAUAAUCCCAAAGGAAGAACCAUCUGAUAAUGGUCUCUCAAACUCAGUGACUGGUGAAGCCUCAGAAGAAUCAGUUUCUGAAAAUGUGUCACCCAAAACAACAUCCUCACUGGAAGAUCAAGGGGAGGAAACCGUCCCCGAUUCCCAGGAAAAUUCAACAACCCUUUCUCAGAGCUCCCCCAUAGGGGUUGAACUUGAAGAUAUCCAAAACACAGGACAAAAGAAUCAGUCGGAAGAACAGUCUGAAGCCUCUUCGGAGCCUCUGGAUCAUUUCCCCCAGUCAACCGAGAAGGCUGCAGACAGCAGUUCUGAGGAGGUAGAAGUCGAAGUACCAGUCAUAGACAGGCGAAAUUUAAGAAGAAAGGCCAAAGGGUAUAAAGGACCCGCUAAGAAAAAAGCCAAGCUAGCUUGA